AUGGCCAUGAGGCUGGUGAAUGGCACAGGGAGGUGCUCAGGCCGCGUGGAGGUUCUUGUCCUGGGCACGUGGGGGACCGUGUGUGAUGACCUCUGGGACCUGGCCGAGGCCACCAUUGUGUGCCACCAGCUGCAGUGUGGCCAGGCCGUGGCAGCCCCCACAGGGGCCCACUUUGGGGCAGGCUCAGGGAAGAUAGUGCUGGACGAUGUGCAGUGUGUGGGCAGCGAGAGCCACCUAGGGCAGUGUGUGCACGGGGGCGAGGCCGGGCACAACUGUGGGCACCUGGAGGAUGCCGGCGUCAUCUGCACAGGAUCCUGGAUGGCUGUGAGGCUGGUGAAUGGCACGGGGAGGUGCUCAGGCCGCGUGGAGGUUCUCGUCCAGGGCACCUGGGGGACUGUGUGUGACGAUCUCUGGGACAUGGCUGAGGCCACUGUGGUGUGCCAUCAGCUGCAGUGUGGCCAGGCUGUGGCUGCCCCGACAGGGGCCCACUUUGGGGCAGGCUCGGGGAAGAUCGUGCUGGACGACGUGCAGUGUGCGGGUAGCGAGAGCCACCUGGGGCAGUGCGUGCACAGGGGUGAGGCCAGGCACAACUGCGGGCACCUGGAGGAUGCUGGUGUCGUCUGUGCAGCCUGGAUGGCCGUGAGGCUGGUGAACAGCACAGGGAGGUGCUCAGGCCGCGUGGAGGUUCUCGUCCAGGGCACGUGGGGGACCGUGUGUGAUGACCUCUGGGACCCGGCCGAGGCCACUGUCGUGUGCCACCAGCUGCAGUGUGGCCAGGCUGUGGUGGCCCCCACAGGGGCCCACUUUAGGGCAGGCUCUGGGAAGAUCGUGCUUGAUGAUGUGCAGUGUGUGGGCAGCGAGAGCCACCUGGGGCAGUGUGUGCAGAGGGGCGAGGCCGGGCACAACUGUGGGCACCUACAGGACACUGGUGUCAUCUGUGCAAAAAAAUCUCAGUGUGGCAGCAUUAUCACUAACUCAUCUGGAGCGAUUAGGAAUCCCCCAAAGAAUGAAAUGCAUGACAACGUAACCUGUGUGUGGGAAAUCAAGGCCAACGCCUUCAACCAUAUACUGCUGGCAUUUCCAUAUCUUGACCUUGACUGCACCAAUGAAUAUUUUGAAAUCCUGGACGGCCCUCCAUCCUCAGCAAAGUCCCUGGGGAAGACCUGCGCUGGUUCCUACCUCACCUACGUGUCCUCCUCCAGCUCAAUGACCCUCGUGUACUUCCGAAGCUUCAACAACAGAGGAAAAAACUUCAUUGCUUAUUAUUAUUCUGCAACCAAAGGGUGUCUUAUAUCCACAGCAAUCCCGACAUCAACACCCAAGGUGGUCACAGCAAGACCAGACGCAGAAGACCUGCCUCCUCCCACACCUCCAGGAGGAAGUAGCUCUUGUGGAGGAGUCAUUUCUAGUCUCUCCGACUCAUUUUCCAGUCCGCUGUAUCCGAAAAAUUACCCAACAGACAUCCAGUGUGUUUGGGAAAUCCAUGUGGAUAAAAAAUUCCGCAUAGAACUCAUGAUCCCAAGUUUGAAAUUAGAAGAUGUCCUUGGAUGUCCCUACGACUCAGUUGAAAUCUUCGAUGGACCCAGGAUUGCCUCACUCUCUAUGGGGAAGUUCUGUGCCUCAGUAGCUGUGAUGUUUUUCUCCUCCUCGGAAAUCAUGACAGUGGUGUUCCGAAGUGACUCUAUGAUUACCAACACUGGCUUUUAUGCUCUGUUCAAUGUGAUUCCCCAGGGUGAAAGACAGUCAGAAGAUGGACCAGAGCUGCGGCUUGUGGGCGGUUCCAGACGGUGCUCAGGACGCCUGGAGGUCCUCCACCAGGGGGCCUGGGGCACAGUGUGUGAUGAUCUGUGGGACCUGAAAGAAGCCGAGGUCGUGUGCCGACAGCUGGGGUGUGGAUGGGCCAUUGCUGCUCCUGGAAAGGCCCACUUUGGCCCAGGCUCUGGAGACAUCCUACUGGACAACAUUCAGUGUUCGGGAAGUGAGAACCACCUUGGCCAGUGCCCUAGCUCCGGCUGGUCAGACCACAAUUGUGGCCACCAUGAGGAUGCUGGUGUCAUCUGCUCAGAUGCUGGAUACUGGGCUCCAGAUGUGACUCCUGCACCCCCAGCUGCCAUUCCUCAAGCUGCUAUGCCACAAGAAGGAAGUAACUCCUGUGGGGGAGUAAUUUCAAGCCUCUUGGGCUCCUUCUCCAGUCCUUGGUAUCCAACAAACUACCCCACCGACGUGGAGUGUGUCUGGGUGAUCCACGUGGCUGAGAAGUUCCACAUAGAACUGACCAUCCUAAGCCUGAAAUUAGAGGACAUCUAUGGGUGCCCCUAUGACUUUAUUGAAGUGUUCGAUGGACGGCAAGUUGCCUCACUCUCCAUGGGCAAAUUUUGUGCUGGGUCAGAUCUCACAUUCCUCUCCUCUUCAAACAUCAUAACCGCAGUGUUCCGAAGUGACGCCAUGAUCACCAACACAGGGUUUUAUGCUCUGUACAAUGCCGUUCAGCAAGAUGAGAGGGACAGUGGUGUGUCCCUGAGACUGGUGAACGGCAGUCACAGAUGUGAGGGCCGGGUGGAGGUCUUCUACAACGGCACCUGGGGCACAGUAUGCGAUGACAGCUGGGACCUGAUGGAUGCCAGGGUGGUGUGCCAGCAGCUUGGCUGUGGUGAGGCCUUGUCAGCCCCAGCUCAGAGCUACUUUGAUGGAGGCACUGGCCACAUCAUGCUGGAUGACGUGCAGUGCACAGGGAACGAAGCCAAGGUGUGGCAAUGCACGCACAACGGAUGGUUCUCCCACAACUGUGGGCACCACAAGGACGCCAGUGUCCUCUGCUCAGGCUCGCCUGAGGACAGCCCCCCUACAGAUGAAAAUUUCCACUGUGGUGGUUUGCUCACAAAUAGUUCCGGCUCCUUCUCCAGUCCUUGGUACCCUAAAAAAUACCCCACAAAUGUGGUAUGUGCCUGGGACAUACAAGUGGAUAUCAGGGCUCAUGUCAAACUUACAUUUGAAGUGGUGAAGAUGGAAAACUUCUAUGGCUGUCCGUACGACUUCAUUGAAAUCUUUGAUGGCCCACAAAACGAAUCUUUUUCUCUGGGAAGAUUCUGUUCUGGUAGAACCCCAAUAUUUACCUCCUCCUCAAAUCGCUUAACAGUGGUCUUCCACAGCGAUGCUAUCGUCACCAGUGUUGGCUUUUAUGCAUCCUAUGAGUCUCUCGUGCAAGACGGGAACGGUACUGAUGUGGCGCUCAGGCUGACCAACGGCAGCCACUGGUGCGAGGGCCGCGUGGAACUACAGUACAAUGGCAGCUGGGGGACCAUAUGUGAUGACAGCUGGGACCUGCGUGAUGCCCAGGUGGUGUGCAGGCAGCUGGCCUGCGGCAGGGCGGUGUUAGCCCCCAGGCAGGCGCAUUUUGGCCGAGGCCUGGGCCCCAUUGCUCUGGAUGACAUGGAAUGUGUGGGGACUGAAGCCAGACUGUGGCAAUGCCUGCACAGUGGCUGGUUCUCCCACAACUGUGGUCACCACGAAGAUGCCAGCGUCAUCUGCUCAGCCUCCUGGCCUUACUCAACACCAUCAGCAUCUGUGACUCACCCAACUUCAGCCUUAAUGGAGGUCAUUGUUUGGAAUGUCCACCGAGGUCUGGGCCUGCGGCUGGUGAAUGGGUCAAGCAGGUGCGCUGGCCGAGUGGAAGUUUACCACGCCGACACCUGGGGCACAGCGUGUGAUGACAACUGGGCCACAGAAGAUGCCCAAGUGGUCUGCCGGCAGUUUGGCUGUGGCCUGGCUGUGGCAGGAGCCCUGCCAACUGUAGCCAACAGAAGGGUAGCCAGCGUUGUUUGCAUGGUCCUGGUGCUACCGCGCUCGAGUUCUCUAAGUGGAAACGCUGUCUCGUCUGAGGAUCGAGGGAACCUUCUCAAGCCCACUUGGCUCUUGGCUCCCGCAGAUCUGCCCGUGGUGAGGCUGGUUGACGGGAAGAGCAGGUGUGAGGGCCGCGUGGAGAUCCUUCACAACGGCACCUGGGGGACCGUGUGCGACGACCUCUGGGGCCUGCCCGCUGCCCAGGUGGUGUGCCGGCAGCUGGGCUGCGGGAUGGCCCUGGUGGCCCCGGGGAGCAGCCUGUUUGGUGACAGCUCCGGCCCCAUCUUCCUGGACGAUGUGCAGUGCACGGGCAGUGAGACCAACCUGGGGAGAUGCCACCACCGGGGCUUCUUCAUCCACAACUGUGGCCACCAUGAGGACGCCGGGGUCAUUUGCUCAGAUACAACUCUCACUUCAGGCGAAGAGCCUUCUUCACCAGGUAUGCUCUCUGCUCCUUGCAGUAGUCCUGGAGUGUUAAUUCCCAGCGCUGAGAAAUUCCCAGCCCAGCAAGAGUUUGACACCCAGAACCCGCCCCUGCGCCUGGAGGGCGGGCGCAGCCGCUGCGAGGGCCGGGUCGAGGUCUGGCACCAGGGCGUGUGGGGCACAGUGUGCGACGACCACUGGAACAUCAAGAACGCCCGCGUCGUGUGCCGCCUGCUGGGCUGCGGCCGCGCGCUGGGCGCCCCGGGGCGCUGCCGCUUCGGCCCUGGCCGAGGGCCCAUCCUGCUGGACGACGUGCGCUGCGCGGGCACCGAGGACGCGCUGGAGCGCUGCGCCCACUCGGGCUGGGCGCGGCACAACUGCCGGCACCAGGAGGACGCGGGCGUGGUCUGCGCAGCCCAGCUCUCCUGCUUACCUCACCUCUUCCAAGUCAUCAUUGACCGAGGCUAUCUCCGAAGGCUGGGCUACUCUUCCUGGGACAUCCACUUAAAUGAUAAGCUGUGUCGCCCCCAAGUCACAGGGCGCUAUCUGAUCUUCAACAUUCCCUAUGGCCACUGUGGCACCAUCAGACAGGAAAGCCUUGGCUCCCUCAGCUACUCCAACUCCAUCAGAGGCCGAAUACGGGGCCACCACGACCGAGUCAUUGUGCGGCACAAGGUGCCCCAGCUGAAGUUCACCUGCAGGGUGGACGGCCCGUCAGCAGUUGAAAUCAUUCCUGGGGCUGACGUCCCAAGGGAGGGUGCCGGCUACGAUGUGUCCAUAUCUUUCCUCGAGUUGCCUGUGUCCCAGCAUGUGGAGAGCAUGGGGCCAUACUAUGCCAGCCAGAGGAAAGAGGUCUUCCUCCAGGCCACACUCCACAGCCCGGAUCCCAGCCUGAGGCUCUUUGUGGAUACCUGUGUGGCUUCUCCAGAUCCUCAUGAUUUUACAACAGUCAAGUAUGAUUUGAUCCGGCAAGGAUGCAUCAAAGACAAUACCUAUGUCAACCUCCACUCCCGCCAGAAGAACAUGGCCCAGUUCAAGUUCAAUGCCUUCAGCUUUCUCAACAGCUACGAUGUGCUCUAUCUGCAGUGUAAGGUCGCCGUGUGCAAAGUGGGGGACCACUCUUCCCGCUGCUCCCAGGGCUGCGCAGGGCAGAGUAAGAGGGAUGCAGGCCCCACGGAGACCAUGGAGGAGCAGACUGAGCAUUUCCAAAUGGUGGGGCCACUGGAAAUCCACAAACGAACUGAUCAGAGCAAGACCCUUGUGUGA